AUCAGUCAAGUUGUCAAGUUUGCGUUGUGAAGUAGGAUGUAGGAUAGAAAUGAUGCGUGGGUGUAAUGGUUAUUGAAUGUGCUAUUUAAAUAUGUCAAAGUUUUAUGUUAUUGUACGUUAUACUGAACUUCAAUGAGUUUGAAGAUUUUACUAAACUUUUUUGGCGUUAAAACCACCUAUUAUAGAGGAAAAGUAGAAUUGAACCGGUGACCUUUUCGUGUAGAAUAUUUUUGAGUUUUGCCAGAUGGAUGUAGCAAAAUCAUUUUUUGCUUCAAGACCUCAUGAAGGAUAUUCUGGAAAAGAAGAUUAUAAUGUGCGGGUGGAGACGGCGGUUUCGGACGACGAUGAGGUGGAAAACUGUGCGGUAUUGAACGGCCAUGAAGGCAUCGGCCUGGGCGCGGACUCGCUCACACCCAGUCCAGGCGGCCCCUUCUCCGCUCUCACGCCCAGCAUGUGGCCGCAGGACAUCCUCAACAAAAUCCACAGCGACGCCGGUGAACUGACCACCAACCGCUACGAUGAAUUUGGGUUUCGGCUGGACGUUGAAGAGGAAACUGCAACCACUAACAGUUUGGUGGCAGCUCAGUUUAUCGAAGAUCCACAGCACAGGUUGAAAUGGCUUGCCCACCUGGAGUUCAGUCACAACAAAGAAACAUCGAACCUUUCGUGGGAUAAUGUUGACAUAAAAUUACCAAAGACUGACAAGCUGAGGGAAAUGGUGAGGGAUGGCAUCCCCCAUUCUCUCAGGUCACAAAUAUGGAUGAGGAUGUCUGGUGCCCUAGCCAAGAAGCAGAGCUACGACAUGAGCUACAAGGACAUCGUGAAGUCGUCGAACAGCGAUGUGCUGGUGACAUCGAAGCAGAUCGAGAAGGACUUGUUGCGCACAUUUCCGGCCAACGCCUGCUUCAAUGACAUGAACAGCACGGGUGUGCCUCGUCUUAGGCGUGUGCUUAGGGCGCUAGCUUGGCUCUAUCCCGAUAUUGGAUACUGCCAAGGAUCAGGUAUGAUUGCUGGAAGUUUGCUACUUUUCAUGGAAGAGGAAGAUGCGUUCUGGCUCAUGUGUACAAUAGUUGAGGACAUAUUACCUGCAUCCUAUUAUUCACCAUCACUGCUCGGUGUUCAAGCAGACCAACGCGUGUUGAGAGCUUUAAUAGAUUCGUACCUACCCGAAGUGGACGAAGUCCUGAGGCAGCACGAUAUUGAAAUCAGUCUCAUUACAUUGCACUGGUUCCUGACAAUCUAUGCGUCAGUUGUACAUAUGAAACUACUACUUAGAAUAUGGGAUAUGUUUUUCUUCGAUGGAUCGAUAGUCAUCUUCCAGAUAUCUCUUGGCAUGCUUAAACUUAUUGAGCCAUCAUUGAAACCGCUUGAAAACUCAGCUCAGAUUUUCAAUGCAUUGUCAGACAUUCCAGGAUCAAUUGACAAUAUCGAAAAUCUUUUCAAAGUAUCAUGGGAGGUGUCGACACAGCUGACGGACAUCGUGCUGGAGACGCACCGCCGCCGUCACCUGGCCUACCUGAUGGCGGACGAGGGAGGCUACCUGGUGGGAGACCCCGAGUCAGCGCGCCAUCUGCCCAAGCAGCACCUCACCAGGCGGCAAAUGAAGAAAUCCAAGUCUGUGAUUCAGCUUAUAUUAUUUGGCGAUGAAGUAACUGAAGAAGAUAUCAAAUCGAAAAACAUUCGGCAAACAGAAAUUUUGGUCGAUCUGCGAGAGGCCAUCCUACAAGUAGCCAGACAUUUCAUCACAACCGAUCCAAAGCAGAGCAAAGACGUUGUCCUAGUUCCAGACUACAGUAUAGAAAGCCAUUCUAGAGACCACGACCAAUAUUUAGAUGUAUCCAGAACAAGAAAGCGGCGAGCUAAAGCUCUAUUAGAUUUCGAAAGACACGAUGAUGAUGAAUUAGGAUUCAGAAAGAAUGACAUCAUCACAAUAGUCAGUCAAAAAGAUGAGCAUUGCUGGAUUGGCGAACUGAACGGGUUAAGAGGUUGGUUUCCGGCGAAAUUCGUUGAGAUACUGGAUGAGAGGAGCAAGCAGUACUCGUGUGCGGGCGACGACAGCGUGUCUGAGGUGGUGACCGACCUGGUGAGGGGCACUCUCUGCCCCGCCAUCAAACAGGUGCUCGAGCAUGGCAUGCGGAGGCCUUCUUUCUUGGGUGGACCGUGCCAUCCAUGGCUGUUCAUUGAGGAGGUGGCCACAAAGGAGGUUGAGAGGGACUUCAGUUCCGUCUACAGCCGGCUAGUUCUUUGCAAAACCUACAGACUCGAUGAAGAUGGAAAAGUUCUCACGCCUGAAGAGCUGCUGUAUCGAUGCGUGCAAGCAAUAUCAUUGAGUCACGACAACGCGCAUGCGCAGAUGGACGUCAAACUGAGGAGCUUAGUGUGUCUGGGACUCAAUGAGCAGGUUCUCCACUUAUGGCUUGAAAUUCUAUGCUCUUCUGUUGAAGUCGUCCAAAAAUGGUACCAGCCGUGGAGUUUCAUGUGCAGCCCGGGUUGGGUGCAGAUCAAGUGUGAGCUGAGGAUGCUUUCGCAGUUUGCAUUCAAUUUGAAUCCUGACUGGGAACUGCCCACUAAGAAGCAACGCACAUCACAACCGUUGAAAGACGGUGUUCGUGAUAUGCUUGUCAAACACCACUUAUUCAGCUGGGACCUUUGAAUUUAACUGUACACAACUAUGUAUGUUUGUCUACACUCAUGUAAAUGUUAUCCUAUGUACAUAUAAGUUGUAUUUGAAAUGUGUAAAAUAUAUCAUUAACAUAAUCAUUACAACAUAGACCCUGUGAGUGACUUCGCCUUCACAUAAAUUAUGCUAAGCAUUAACUCUUGUUGAUUAUUCUAGUUUUUUUUAAUAUUAUUCAAAUAUGCAGAGUGAUUGAUAAAAUCAAUGUUAGGACUUAUUAGCUUUUAUUGAGUCUAUUAUCAGAUGAUUUUAAUGUGUGAUGCAUAUCAUGUUUUGUAUACAAACUUGACCUAGCUUGUGUUGUGGAAAAAUAAGUACUAUAAUUUGCACGGACAAUAAUAUAUUAUAAAUGAAUCAAAACUUCCACUAUUAUGAAAAGUUAAUUGAAUUAACAAUUUUAUUCUAUCAAGUAGUAUCAUGAAUGAAAACUGUUUGUUGCCAUUUAGUUUCUGGAAAAUGUUCAGAAUCAGCCCUUCAUUCUUGAAAACAUUGCCAAAUAUUCCUAUUUCUUUAACCUGUAUGAGAAAUCAUCAAUGAAUGCAAAAUUCAAUUUAGUUGUAUUAAAUACAUUCCGUUAAACACAAUAAUUAUAUUGUUUCCCAAUGUGAUUUUUAUAGUUUAUACUUUCAAUAAUUUCUCAUAAACUUCCACACUCAAACAAAACUCCCAGAAUGAUAGAUUUUAUAAUAUGUUUACAAUAAUGAACCUUGAAUUGAAAUAGGGCAUUUAUUCACAUAUCAUUUAAUGUAUAAUGUAUUAUCUGAUCUCGUUUUCUAUACUUUCUUUUUGGUAACCUGUAUUAAUUUUUAAUCUCAGAAAAGAAUUACAAUUAUAAUUAUAAUUUGUGAUAAUCCCAUCUUAUCUUCAUGAUUGUUUUGAAAUUCUCACUUUAAUUGGAAACUAAAUUUCAAUUGAAUCAAUAUUUGACAAUAAAUCAAUGCCAUUUAGGAUUAAGAAUAGUUUCUUGAAACAGAUCAAUUGUGUUAUUUUCACGAGCUAUUGUAAGUACAAUAUCCUUCUAGACCAGCAUUAUAAUGCAUAUACAGUAUACUGUUUAUGUAUGUUUUUUGCGAUUUGGAGGUGAAAUAUUUUUUUUACACUGUUAUUUAUUUCUUUAGUCCACGUUGGCAUUGAGAAAAUAGACCAUUCCUUUUCACAAGGACUACAGCUUUGCUCAUUCCAACGAAUGAUUUGUUGAACUAACUGUCUAUAAAAUAAUACUUGCUUUAUGUAUUAACUAUUCAGCUCAUAUGAAUUCUAUCCUAUUUAACUUUAAUAAUUUUUCCUCAUUUUCAAACACCAAAUAAAAUAUAUCGUUGAAUAAUUUUUCUUCAAAAUAUCCCUCAAUGAAUACUGAUACAUUCUUAUCAGUUUAAAAAAUGUAUUCUUUGAGAAUAUUUGAUGAAAUUCCAUUAUGUAAUUCUAUCUUCCAUCUGAAAAUGACAAGUGUUUGAAGUUUGAAUCAGUUAUAAACAAUUUAGACGAUAUAAACAAUUUAGAUUUCAUUGAAUUUAGUGAGUUUGUCACAACAAUGUUGAUUUUACAAUACUAUAAAAAUGUAUUCAUUAAAACUUCCAUUGUCCUUUAAACUUCAAAUGUCCUUAACGCUAAAAUAGUACAAACAUCUGCGAAUUAAACAAGUACAGUCAUUGUAAAUUAACAAAAUUGUAUUAUUUUUGUAUGUAUGUAUUUUUUACAAAGGUAAUGGAGAUUCAGGGCUUUUUUACUUAAUGUUAGUGAUAUUCU